GAUUUUAUAUAUAAGAAACUAACGUAUGGAAUGACAAAUUUCUGCACAAAUUUAAUUACUUUCCUAAAAAUUAAUUUAAAUAAUGUUAUCAAUAUUAAAACUAGUAUAUCAUUUUUUCAAUUUAUAAAGCAGUAUGAACAAAUAUUACAUAUCGUGUCUACAGAUUAGUAUUUAAAGGCAUGCUCGAAGUAAUUCGCGUCAGUUGCUUUGACGAAAGUGUUCGCAAAUACAUCAUUUCGUGCAGUAUAAUUUCUUCCUCAUCUUUCGUUAUAUUUAGUUAAGAUUUCCGAACAAUUAUUGUUUCUUGAUAUUUAUAUAAUUUUCCUUAGCACUGUAAUGAAUAUCACAAAAGAAAUUGAUUGGACAUCAGCCGAUAAUAUUUUCAAAACAUUCGAUUUAAAUAAAGACGGUAUAAUCGAUGAAAAAAAAUUUUUUCUUUUAUGUAAGGAACUUUACGAUGAAAAAGAAGUCAAUGAAAAUGAAUGGAGAGUUAAAGAAAUGUUCAAGAUAUUUAGCUUGAAUGAUCAGAAAGGAUUAGAAAAAUCAAAAUGGAUAAGAUGCUUUAAAAAAUGGAUUAAAAGAAAACCUGUAAAUGUAUUAAUAGUAGUAGAUGUACAAAACGAUUUUAUUGAUGGAAAUUUAGCAUUACCUAAUCGAACGGGUUACGAAGUAAUAAAACCAAUUAAUCGUUUGUUGAAACAAGCUCGUUGGGACCAAGUUAUUUAUUCAUUCGAUUGGCAUCCUGAGAACCAUAUUAGUUUUUACGACAAUCUUGCUAAACGAAAACUUCAUCCGUCAUCUAAAAUUACAAAAGAAAAAGCUAAGCCAUUUAAUACUGUUACUUUUUUAAAACCGCACGUAGAACAAAUACUUUGGCCAAGACAUUGUGUAAUGAACUCAUGGGGCGCAAAAUUAAAUAAUGAUCUAUAUAUAUUACCAAACUCUAUACAAAUAUAUAAGGGCCAAGAUCCAGAUAGUGAUGCUUACUCGAUUUUCACAAAAGAAAAUCAGGAAAUAAUUUUAUCGAAAAUCAAAGCCACAGAUUUGUACAUUUGUGGAUUGGCCUCAGACGUUUGUGUGAAAGAAACAUGUCUCGAGGGAUUGAAACUGGGCUAUAAUGUCAUUAUGAUCGAGGAUAGCAGCCGCGGUAUCGAUAAGAACAAAACAGAAGAAGCUAAAAAAUUAAUUAUGGUAAACGGUGGUUUGGUGACAAAUAGUAAUCACGUUUUGGCUCUUGUAAACGAAGGAAAACGAAGUUUGAUUCUUGAUCAUCAUGCUUUGAACAAGUCUUCUGUAAAGACUUGUAUUUCCAUUGAUGAUAAAAACGCAUUAGUGAACUAAUCUGUUCUUCAUAAUCAUAGAUAGAAACGAUGUUAAUUUUAACGAAACGCUUCCUUUAAUCUUAACUCUUAUCAUAUUCUUUAAAUCAAGUAUUAGUAGUUUAAUAAUUUUUCAAAGUAUUCUUCCAAAAAAUAAAUCCAUCCUUUUUAAAAUAAAUAUUUUUUAUGAAAUAAUAG